CUGCUUUUGCAUUCCAUAGAAAGAGAGUGCAAUUGUUUGCGUGUAAUUUUCUCUCUUUUUCCUUCUCUGCCUGAAAUUGAAGCCACAAUUAAAAUCAAUAUCCCCAAAACCUGUCAACUAACUGAUUAAGUAACAUUGCCAUAUUCACCCAAACCCACCCAACCUCGCAUAACACAAACGAUGGAUAGGUAUCAAAGGGUAGAGAAGCCUAAACCAGAAACUCCUAUAAGCGAGAACGAGAUCCGUAUUACUACUCAAGGAAGGAUGAGAAAUUACAUCACUUAUGCCACCACUCUCUUUCAAGAGAAAGGAUCUGAUGACAUCAUUCUCAAAGCAAUGGGACGAGCAAUCAAUAAGACUGUAAUGAUUACUGAGCUAAUAAAGAGAAGGAUUGUUGGUCUGCAUCAGAACACUCAAAUUGGAUCAACUGAUAUAACCGACACAUGGGAACCACUAGAAGAAGGCCUUCUUCCUUUGGAGACUACUCGUCAUGUUUCAAUGGUCACAAUUACCUUGUCAAAGAAAGAGCUGGAUACAUCCUCUACAGGAUAUCAACCUCCUCUUCCAGUUGAUCAAGUAAAACCGUUGAACGAGUAUGAAGACGAAGGAGGCUCACCAAGGAUGCAAGGAAGGGGGCGAGGUCGUGGAAGGGGUAGGGGUAGAGGAAUGUACAACGGGGGUAUGGAAUAUGGUGAUGGUUGGGAUGGUGGACGCGGCUAUGGUGGCAGAGGACGCGGCCGUGCUUUUCGGGGACGAGGACAAAGCUAUGGCGCCCAGCCGGUUACGUACUAUGACUACGGUGAAUAUGAUGCACCACCGGCCCUACGCGGCCAUGGUCGUGGAAGGGGAAGGGGCCGUGGUCGUGGUCGCAAUGCAGGCCGUGAAGCAGCUGCUUGAUCACUUAAAUGUUGGUUGUCGUGUAUAUGUUCCGUUAGAAGAGGGUUGCCUCUCUGCUUAGUUAUUUGUUAGAUCUACUUUUACUUUGGACUUUUGAUAUAUCAUUUGAAGCGUUUAGUGUUGCUGCCACUGCAGUUUUGUUUUUGCAGUUCUUUCCUUUGUAACAUCUAUAAUUUAAAGCUCGGCAGGUUGAGUUAGGCAUAAUGUUUAGACUUUGAAAAAAAGAAGUCGAAAUUGUCAAUUUUCUCUUAUAGAAAUUAUUGCAAAUUUGCAGCAAGUUUUUC